AUGCGGGACUUUGCAUGCUGCGGUGACCGGUCCAUCUACCGCUUCGUGCGCUUCCACAUCAUGUCGUUGAUAUGUUCUGCGUGGCAGUACCUGAUGCUAGCUGCACUUGCCCUUGGGUUCAUCUUGCGCCUGCUCUUUUGGCCCCUUCGCAAGCAUCGGGACGGCCAUCGGCACCACGCCAAGGCCAGUGUACAGAGCUAUUGCUUGAAGUACGCCGUCGUGGACAUCAAUAUUCGCAACUCGUACAACUUGCAAGCGGCUGUGCCUUCCAAGACGCCGUCCGUGGCGGCGUUGGCCGCCCACAAAACGAACGUGGCCCUGUACUUCUUGCUGUGGAAACCAGUGUUGUGCACGUUGUACAUCUUGUCCACUCUAGCGUUGGCGUCGGCGGCGGCAGUCCCUGAUAUUACAGCUGCUGCCAUGGCGGGAAUAGUCAUUGUACCGCUUUUUCGGUACGUCCAGAUCGAAGACAGCUCCACCGACCUGGGCCUUCCCACCACGUCAACUCCAACCGUCGAUCAUUCCAUGACCAACUACACACGGCUGCCGUCGGCCACAGACGUUGAAGAUCGGGAACUGUAUUGCAUCGCCGUGCCAGCGCCGCCGUUCGUGUCCACCUUCAUGAACCAGCAUCCCCCACCACUGUCCAUGACGUCAGUGUCCAGAGAUAGUAGCAACGAUAGCGUGACCAAGCAGAAGCCCCCUCGAUAUUCGCUGCCGCUAGCACAGGAAUCCAGUGAGAACGAUGAUCGAAGCCGUACUACCAACAGCUUUUCCAACUACCCCGUCGCCGGCCCAUUCAACGCUUCCAGGCUCGGCAGUCUCCUCGAUCCACUGACGAUUACACCACAGACACGUUUAUCUAGCAGCAGCCGAAGCAGUCCUCAAUACUCUUCGCCUCCGAAGUACUCGUCUCUGCCGACAGAGCGAAGCCAAGACAGCGCCACGUCGUCAUCCACCCAGUCCGUCCAAAUACAAGCCUACGAUGCAUCUUCGGCAGCCGAGUCGACUUCGAUUGUGGAUGCACCGGACAAACGAAUCAAAGUGACUGUGCCAACCAAUAUCACCCGUGAAUACGACGCGUUCGAGUAUGCCGACUAUGAAGACAUCCAGUCCCCGUCGCCCCACGCUGUUCCUGACGGUGUGUACUGCAGCGCGCCGUCCCCUUCCUCUACACUCCCCCAUCAGCAACAUGCCACGUCACCCCCCGAACCUGAAAGCACUUGGUUGUCACCUACAAACUAUGCCAGCGUGGCGUCCGUAUACUCUCCGUCCUCGCCCGCCUAUGGGCUGCUCUCCCCCCAAGGUGCCGCAGCUCCCCCCCGUCAGGACAAGCCCCCCAAUCGCCCAGAGUUUCACCCCCCCCAAGUGUUCCGAAGUGUGGAUGCUAAAGGUCUAAACAAGCAGGACGCCGUGCACUUCGUUGCUUACGCACCGCCCAGUGUCGCCCUCCACUCGACAUUUUUGUUUUCAAUCUGGGCGUUCUUGGUGCACCAAAGACAUGACGUGCACGAACAAGCGACGGCUGGGGACAGUAAAAGUCGACAACUGUCCCGCGAAGUGCUGCUGCCGGUCCGACGUGGGGCGCUGGCGCAUGUCCAGUUGCAAGUUCCCGACGGGUUUGUCGUCGAGGGCGACGGGCCCACCCAGGCGUUUACGUGGACGGGGGACGUGACCAGCAUUCCGUUCAGCGUCACAUGCUUGGCUUGUCCGUCGUCGAGCCAAGUGCUAUUCAAAGCCACAAUUGUCGUUGGGGCCCACGUGAUGGUGGUCAAGUCGUUCGUUUUUGUCCACACGACGACCAUCCCCCGUCUAGUGGUCGACGACGACGACAACGGGAUCAUGCACGAGCUGACGACCGAACUCGAGAGGCUGCCGACAACAUUUCAAGAAAUCCCGUACGACUUGCUCGAUUUCAAACAACUGGUCGGGGAAGGCCACUUUGGCGACGCGUAUCGCGCCGUGUACAACGGCCGCGAUGUCGUCGUCAAGACCUUCAAAGCCCAAGACUUGACACUCCAUGGUGACUCCACUUCGACCGACCAACUCGUCCACGAGUUUCGCCAUGAAGCCGCGGUGCUCAAUAUGUUUGGCCAUCAUCCCAACAUCGUGCCGUUCGUGGGGGCGUCCACCGAUCCUUCCCAGCCCCUCGCGCUCGUGACGGCGUACUUGCCGCAUGGGAGCCUCGAGAGUCAAUGGCUGCGUGGUCCUACUAGUACAUCUACUAGUAGUAGCACUAGGACGAGUACAUUGAGUGUGCCCCAAAAGCAAGUGAUCUUGGCAGAUGCAGCGGCGGGGCUACUCAACAUCCACGAAGGCGGGUUCGUCCAUCGUGACAUUGCAGCUCGGAAUUGCUUGGUGGAUGACGCCAUGCGCGUCAAGCUAUGCGACUUUGGCAUGAGCCGACGGGUCAACGCCGUCGUGGGCGGGUCCCACGUGUCCACGGGCGUCGGGCCGUUGAAAUACAUGGCGCCGGAAUCCCUAGUCCCCCCCCAUGCUUUUUCGUACGGGUCCGACGUGUACUCGUACGGGGUGCUGAUAUGGGAAACGUUUGCCGAGGCGAGUCCAUUUGCCGACCUAUCGGGACCGCAGGCCGCCGCGUACGUGCUGGAAGGCGGCCGGUUGAAUAUGUCGACUCGUCGAGAAGACGGGAGUAGUAUUAUACCAGCCAAGUACCAGAAGAUCAUGGCUGCAUGCUUUGCCGAAGACCCGUCAAAACGGCCGACCAUGACGCAAUUGCAUCGCGCAUUCACAACAUGGUGACAACACAAGACCCGGAGAUUGUUAUUAUUAUUAUUUAUAUAUACAUACAUAUUGUCGA